AUCAUCACUAAAAGAAAAUUGUCAUAAGGUCCCCACCAGGUUGAAAUCAUGUCAUAAGGUCCUUGCCUUUUUUUUCCCUCACUAGAAAAGUAUGCACUAUAAAUAACCCGUAAUCUGAACACCAAACUCAAACAAAGCAUUGUUUCAUUUGUCUAAAGCAUAUAACUGGAUAAAAACUACUUCUUUGUUCCAUAUAUUUAGUUGAGCAACGUUAACCUCUAUAUAUGUUGUCAUUUCAAAUUAUUCUACAUGGAUUUCUUCUCUGGGCUUCCAUGGGUUUCUUGAUGCCUAUUGGGAUUCUUGUAAUAAGAAUGACAAAUAGACAUGAACAAUGUGGAAGAAGGCUAAAGAUUAUUCUCUAUACUCAUGCUACUUUACAGAUACUAUCUUUUCUACUUGUAACAGUAGCAACAAUAAUGUCGAUAGGAAACUUUGACAACUCUUUCACAAAUAAUCACCAAAAAAUUGGCUUAGCUAUUUAUGGUGCUAUAUGGCUGCAAGCAGCCACUGGGGGUUUUAAGCCUGACAGGGAAAGCAAAGGAAGGAGUAUAUGGUUUUCAAUUCACUGGCUUCUUGGAGUGACAGUUUCGUUACUGGGAAUUAUCAACAUAUAUACAGGUUUACAGUCCUACCACACAAGAACAAUGAAAAACACAAGUGUUUGGAACCUGGCUUUUACUGUUGAGAUUGUUGUUUACCUGUUCAUCUAUCUGCUCCAAGAAAAAUGGCCCUAUAUAAAGCAAAUCAGGAGUGAUUUACUCGAUGAAACAGUAACGACAAACAGAUCAAGAAACAUCUUCAACAGAUGAGUAAAGGAAAUCUCAUCAUCAUAGCCAUGUUAAGGCUUACAAAAACAAAUCAUUUGCCUUUUACGAACAUUGUAUUUUUUCCAACUUUGUUACAAUAUCAGAAACAAGUAUGAGAGUAUGUGUACUAUCAAUGUAGAGCAUCAUAUACAACAUAUAAUACGAGAGAUUUUGUGAACAAUCAA